GUGCUGCUCUGCUGUUUGUUUGUUGAAUUGUGGGAAAAUUCCUCAGCUGUCCGUGAGAGCCCAAGCCUGGACACGCCGAUCCCCAGGGUCCCCUUCUGUACAGGCUGUGCUCCUUGGACUUCCAGGGUCCCAGAUCUCCCAGCCUCGGCCUGCUGGUCUGGGCAGCAGCUGGCGGCCAAAGACCCUCCUCCUGAGCCUCCUGCCCCUUCGUCUCCAUCACCCAGGUCAUUCGUCCUCUGUCUCCCCCCACGGCCCCCUCGUAGCACCCGGCGACAUCAACACUGUGUAAAAACACUGGAAGAUGUCGAGGGCUGUCAACGCGGCGAUUAAAUAGCAGGGAGGCACUGCGGAUAAAUCACCGUCUAGAAGCGUGCAAGCUUGAGCCGUAGACUAUCAUGUGCCCUAGAUAGCAGGCCUGUGGCCCCUCCCCCAUCCCCACCCCCCCGCGCCCCCUUCCGUAGAGGAUGCCCCCCCGGAAGAGGACGCGCCCCACUCUGGGGUUCCUGUGCUGCUUCGGUAGCAGCGAGCCCCCCGAGAUCAACCUGAAGGACAGCGUGCCUCUGCAGCUGCUGGAGUUCAGCGCCCCCAUGCCCCCGGCGGAGGAACUACAUGCGCGCUUCUCCGAACUGGUGGAUGAAUUAGACCUGACAGACCGGAACCGGGAGGCCAUGUUCGCUCUGCCGGCCGAGAAAAAAUGGCAGAUCUACUGCAGCAAGAAGAAGGAACAAGAGGACCCCAACAAGCUGGCUACCAGCUGGCCCGACUACUACAUCGACCGCAUUAACUCCAUGGCUGCAAUGCAGACGCUGUUUGCCUUCGACGAGGAGGAGAUGGCGAUGAGGAACAAAGUCGUGGAGGACCUAAAGACGGCACUGCGCACACAGCCAAUGAGGUUUGUGACACGAUUCAUAGAGUUGGACGGCCUCACGUGCCUCCUGAACUUCUUGAAGAGCAUGGACUACGAGACAUCAGAGAGCCGCAUCCACACUUCUGUGAUUGGCUGCAUCAAGGCCUUGAUGAACAACUCACAGGGUCGCGCCCAUGUACUGGCUCACCCGGAGAGCAUCAGCACCAUCUCCCAGAGCCUGCGCCAGGACAACAUCAAGACUGAAGUGGCCGUGCUAGAGAUCCUGGGAGCCGUCUGCCUGGUGCCUGAUGGUCAUAAGAAAGUCCUGCAGGCUAUGGUCCACUACCAGAAGUAUGCGGCGGAGAGGACACGCUUUCAGACGCUGCUCAACGAACUGGACCGGAGUACCGGACACUACCGAGACGAGGUCAACCUGAAGACUGCCAUUAUGUCUUUCAUCAAUGCCGUUCUCAAUGCUGGGGCAGGAGAGGACAGUCUAGAGUUUCGCCUCCAUCUCAGGUACGAGUUCCUGAUGCUGGGGAUCCAGCCUGUGAUUGAAAAGCUGAGGGAACAUGAAAACGCCACCUUAGACAGACACUUGGAUUUCUUUGAGAUGGUGCGGAAUGAAGAUGACUUAGAAUUAGCCAAGCGUUUCGACAUGGAACACGUGGACACGAAGAGUGGCAGCCAGAUGUUUGAGGUGAUCAAGAAAAAGCUGAUGCACACAGACGCAUAUCCCUACCUGCUCUCCAUCCUCCAGCACUGCCUCAUGAUGCCUUAUAAGCGUGGCGCAAGCAGCCUGCAGCAAUGGCAGCUGCUGGACCGCAUUCUGCAGCAGAUGGUCCUGCAGGACGAGAAGGGUGAGGAUCCCGACCUGGCGCCCUUGGACAACUUCAGCGUGAAGAACAUCAUCCGCAUGUUGGUGAACGAGAAUGAGGUGAAACAGUGGAGAGAUCAGGCGGAGAAGUUCAGGAAAGAGCACGCCGAACUCUUGGCCCGUCUGGAACGCAAGGAGAGGGAGUGCGAGACGAAGACACAGGAGAAGGAGGACAUGAUGAAGACACUGAACAAGAUGAAGGACAAGCUGCAGAGGGAGGGCGUGGAGCUGCGUUCCGCACGCGAGCAAGUCGUCAGCUUGUCGUCACGCAUGGGCGACGUCUCGGGAGGCAGUUCCUUGUUGCCCCCUCUACCACCACCAGGGGGCCCUCUGGCUCCUCCUCUACCACCCAUGAUGGGCGACUCCCCUCCCCCGCCACCCCCUCUUCCUUUCUCCUGUCCGCCCCCACCCCCGCCACCUCCGCCCCCAGGAGCCCCUCCCCUCUUUGCCCCAGCGGCGCCCCCACCUCCAGGGCCGGAGGCAUUCAGCUCAGGGCUGAGCUUGCGCACAAAGAGCAUCCCCCAGCCAUCCCACCCCCUCAAGUCCUUCAACUGGUCCAAACUGGGGGAGAACAAAAUCAACGGUACUAUAUGGCACGACAUCGAUGACCUGCGUGCCUUCAAAGUCCUGGACCUGAAGGAGAUCGAGAAGACGUUCUCAGCCUACCAGAGACAACAGGAGCUGCUCACUAACCAAUCCUUCAAGCAGAAAGAGACAGGCUCCAUGGACGACCUCUACCUUAACACACGCAAAGUGAAGGAGCUCUCCGUCAUAGAUGGUCGCCGUGCCCAGAACUGCGUCAUCUUGCUCUCCAAGUUGAAGAUGAGCAAUGAGGAGAUCAAAAGAGCGAUACUGGAGAUGGACGAGCGUGAGGAGCUGGCUAAAGAUAUGCUUGAGCAGCUAUUGAAGUUCGUUCCAGAGAAGAGUGACACUGAUCUUCUGGAGGAGCACAAACAGGAGCUCGAGCGCAUGGCGCGAGCGGACCGCUUCCUGUUUGAGAUGAGCAGGAUUGACCACUACCAACAGAGACUCCAAUCCCUGUUCUUCAAGAAGAAGUUUGCAGAGCGCCUCGCAGAAGCCAAGCCCAAGGUGGAAGCAAUCCUGUGUGCCUCACGGGAUGUGAUGAGGAGCAAGCGGUUGACGCAGACCUUGGAGGUCGUCCUGGCGUUCGGAAACUUCAUGAACAAGGGUCAGCGGGGCAACGCCUACGGCUUCAAGGUGUCCAGCCUCAACAAGAUCGCUGACACCAAGUCCAGCAUCGACAGGAACAUCACCAUGCUUCACUAUCUGAUCAUGAUCUUUGAGAAACAUUACCCAGACAUCCUCCACAUUCAGCAGGACCUUCAAAGUAUACCGGAGGCUGCCAAAGUCAAUCUGGCUGAACUGGAAAAGGAGGUAUACAGCAUCAAAAGUGGACUGAAAGCUCUGGAGGCGGAGCUGCAGUACCAGCAACGACGUCCCCGGGAUCACGGGGACAAGUUUGUUCCGGUGGUCAGUGACUUCAUCACGGUGGCCAGCUUCAGCUUCUCCGAGCUGGAAGACCAGCUGAAUGAGGCCAAGAAUAAGUUCUCAAAGGCCCUGAAGCAUUUUGGAGAAGAUCAGGGCAAAAUGCAGCCGGACGAAUUCUUCGGGAUCUUUGACACCUUCCUGCAGUCGUUCAAUGAGGCCAAGCAAGACCUGGAGAACAUGAAGCGUCGCAAGGAGGAAGAAGAGAGGAGGGCGCGUAUGGAGGCUAUGCUGAAGGAGCAGCGGGACCGAGAGAAGAGGUCCAAGAAGAACCUGGGAGGAGGCACCGUGUCAGACGAGGUGGGCGAGUUCGACGAUCUGGUGUCGGCGCUGCGCUCUGGCGAGGUCUUCGACAAGGACCUGUCCAAGCUGAAACGCAACCGCAAGCGCUCCGGCAGCCAGCACGUGGACGGCAGCGGGCGCGAAAGGCCCAUCACCAAGGUCAACUAUUAAGCACCCUGUCACCCUCUGCUGGACGGCGCCGGGCAACCGCACACCUGAACGGAGCUUACAAAACAAUAACUCUUAUUUCACCAAACCUCUGGCCAGGUAUUUACUCCCCAAAUGCAAGAAGAAAGCCUGAGAUGGACUUGUGGAGACCACUGGGUUUGGCUGUGGAUCACACGUUACAUCUUUCGUACCUCCCUCAUGUUUAUCUCCCUGCUCUAGGACCGGUCCAGCACUGGGCCGAUUUUACUGCUCAGGCUUCACAGCUUUUGACUCAGGCACCUGGCACUUAAACCAAAGCCCCCCAGGAGCUCCCAAGGCCCAGCCCUCCACUGCCCUGACCUGUGUCCGCACACUACAAAGCACAGAUGCUCAAGCCAAACCCAUUCAGAGACAAAAGAGCAGCAAACCGUGCUGCUUCUCGACCAGGCCAGGUCGGGAGUAGCGGCGCCAUACCCACCCACCCGCCCUCAUGAACGACAGACAUGUGCUCCGGGGGCGGAGCCACACUGUGUCUCUCCCGUAUUCACUGUGCUGCUUGGUCAUGAUGGAGGGACUGAAGUUUCACAAUGUAUCAGGGAGGUGGAAAGGAAGACUUUGGUUAUACCCAACCCCCCCCCCAUUCCCAUCAGCUCUUAAUGUUAGUUGACUGGAAGCUCAGAAGUCUCACCUGUCAUAAGGCUGUCUGGUAAUUUUGCAAACCGAACUGGAGGGUGGGGGUGAGCCCCGCCCCUUCUAAGUGCCUCCUUUCCCACAAUGCAUUCCUCCUACCUCCCAGCUGCAGUUCUGGAGGGAGAAUGGCACCUCUGGGGGAAAAACAGGAAAGGAAGGCAAACUUCAAAGACAGGAUGUGACAGAAAGGGUAGAGUUCACUUUUCUUUUCCUCGAAAAAGAAAAUUGUAAAAACAAAAAAAAAACAAAAAAAAAAAAAAAAAAAAACACAAAAAGAUCAUUAUGGCAUUAACUAGUGCCAAAGCUAAAAAAAAAAAAAAGAUUAAUACAAAGAAAUGCAAAUAGGAAGGCUUUUAUAUAUUUAUAUAUGUAGAGGUGGACAUGCUAACGUUGAACUUUGCUGUUCAUUAUGUUUAAUUUUGGUUUCCUGGCAAGUUUUUCUAAUGUUUCUUUAAGUCAUAUAUUAAUGUUUUUGUAA